CAGAGUCAUCACAGCUUCAUCAUAGCCGAAGUGAUGAGAGCACAGAGGCUGAGCCUGUCACCAUCAGCUCAUCUGUACACAGAACACUGAUGGGAGAAGCUGAUGGAGAGGAUGAUGGAGGACCACAGCCAGCCAGCAACUCGGGUCCAGACAGACAUUUACAACCAGAUACCAGUGGCAGGAGUUCAGACAGUUCUGGAACUGAGACUGAUGACAGUUUUGACUGGAAAAAAAACAGAGAACAUGAGUCACGUUUUAACUGUCGACAAAAUACCAGUGUUAUUCAUUCAAGCAACACUGAUGAGAAACAGUUUAAUGGCUCUAAAUAUGGAAAAGCAUCUGGUCACAUGAACAACUCAGAGCAACAAAAGGAGAGGCAAGCAAGCAGAAAACCAUUUAGCUGUUCUGAUCAGAGUAAAAUACAGAAACAGAAGGGCAUUCUAAACAAACAAAUUAGAAUUCAGAUAGGACAAAAACCAUUUGUCUGUUCUGAGUGUGGUAAAAGAUUUGGACAAAAGAGCACGCUGAACAAACACAUGAUAAUUCAUACAGGACAAAAACCAUUUGUUUGUUCUGAAUGUGGUCAAGGAUUUGGACAAAAGGCUAACCUGAACACACACAUGAUGAUUCAUACAGGACAAAAACGAUUUGUCUGUUCUGAAUGUGGUCAGAAAUUUGGGCGAAAGAGCACUGUGAACACACACAUGAUAAUUCAUACAGGACAAAAACCAUUUGUCUGUUCUGAGUGUGGUCGAGGAUUUGGACGAAAAAGCCACCUAAAUGCACACAUGUUAAUUCACACAGGACAAAAACGAUUUGUCUGUUCUGAAUGUGGUCAGAAAUUUGGGCGAAAGAGCACUGUGAACACACACAUGAUAAUUCAUACAGGACAAAAACCAUUUGUCUGUUCUGAGUGUGGUCGAGGAUUUGGACAAAAGAGCAACCUGAACACACACAUGAUAAUUCACACAGGACAAAAACAAUUUGUCUGUUUUGAAUGUGACCCGCUUCGUAAGAUCCUGAAGGAGCAUGACAUUGGGUGUGACUUGGGUGGAGGCAGAGGAAGGAAACUUCGAGAAGUGGUGAACAAGCUCUUAUUUAUGGACGACUUGAAGAUCUUUGCUGACUCGGGGCAGGGACUCGCAUUUCUGCUGCCAAAUUGUCUUCAUGACAGAAUCAAAAAUGCCGAUGAUUCAGGAAAGAUGUUCCCCUUUAAGACACUCCUUGUUCCACCUCCACCAUCAACCCGUGACAGGUAA